AGGGUGAGGGUGUGCCUUGGCAGGGAGCUGCCCGGGUGUCAGCGAUCACCUGCGGCUGAAUUGGGUCUCGGAUGGGAAGUAGGAAGUGCUGCGCUCAAGCUUCCUGUACAAAUAAAUGCAGCUUUCCCACAGCCACUGCAUGCGGGCUCUGGCGCGCCGGUAAGAUAUAAUGGCAGCACGCACUUAAUAGCAGGGAGGGGAUGAUUUCUCGGAGUGACACGGGGGCUGGGAGACGAGCCCUGCUGCAGCAUUUAAAAGUGUUCAGCUGUCAGACAGCCAGGGACGAGGAAGGGCGUGCGAGAGCGAUCGGCUCCGCUCCUCACCGCGAGCUCCGCGGCUCUGUGGCAUCGUGGUUCUUUGGGAAUGCCCGAGUCUGAGUGCAGCCGCUGAAAAGUCACACAGCUGGCAGUGAGCGCUACUCUCCUUUCAAGGCUGAGUUGCACCAUUAAUGACUGAAUGGGCUCUGCUGAGAAGCCUUGUCCUGACACCAUGACAGCUGAUGAGUCAGAAGCUGGAGAGUUAGCUCUGGAGCCUCUCCUCACGUGCAAGCUAUGUCUCUGUGAAUAUUCCCGGAAUAAGAUGACCACUCUUCAGGAAUGCAACUGCGUCUUUUGUACAGCGUGUCUAAAACAGUACAUGGAGCUGGCAAUUCAAGAAGGUUGUGGUUCCCCUAUCACAUGUCCAGACAUGGUAUGCUUGAACCAUGGGACCCUACAAGAAGCAGAGAUUGCCUGUUUGGUUCCUGUGGACCAGUUUGAGUUAUACAAGAGGUUGAAGUUUGAACGAGAAGUCCACCUGGACCCCCAGAGAACGUGGUGCCCCACAGCUGACUGCCAAACAGUGUGCCACAUCGCACCGAGCGAGUCGGGAGCGCCGGUGCCAGUGGAGUGCCCCACCUGCCACCUGACCUUCUGCUCCUCCUGCAAGGAGCCGUGGCACGGGCAGCACCUGUGCCAGGAAAACCCAACUACUCCAGUGCCAACCGAGCAGGGAUUCCUUAUUGGAGCAGAGACAGAUGCAUCAAUUAAGCAGUGCCCAGUUUGUCGAAUUUAUAUCGAGCGAAACGAGGGCUGUGCUCAGAUGAUGUGCAAGAACUGCAAGCACACGUUUUGCUGGUAUUGUCUACAGAACUUGGAUAAUGAUAUUUUCUUACGGCAUUACGACAGAGGCCCUUGCAGAAACAAGCUGGGCCACUCACGGGCUUCAGUGAUGUGGAACAGAACACAGGUUGUGGGGAUCCUCGUUGGACUAGGUAUCAUAGCGUUGGUGACCUCCCCCUUGCUGCUUGUGGCAUCUCCAUGCAUCAUCUGUUGCAUUUGCAAAUCUUGCCGGAGCAAAAAGAAAAAACCCAGCCUGCCGACAACCUAAAACUCUGUGUCUCUUUGAGUCUCCAUCUGUACAGCAUAUGUAUGUGAGGAAGCACAGUGGUUCUGUUUUGGUGCCAUACCUACCAAAUAAUGCCCCCUUUUUUUUUUGCCAGUUCUUGGGAUAAGUGCCUAUUCUUCACAGGCUACUCUAUAACUAACAAGUCCAGAUUAUUGUGCAGUACAUACAGUGUAGGUUUUUGCUUCCAGAAGAGGAAAACAGGACACCAUUCAGUCCUUCAUACCCUAAAUAUGAUAUGCCAUUCAAGACUGAUAGAACAUUCCCAUUUUCCAUCAGCUGCACAUGACUUGAUCCUGCUGCAUUACUCUGUCUUUGCAGAUUCAGUCAUUACUGUCGUGCUUGCUGUUGGUUCUUGGUGUCAUUCAGAUUUCUCAGAAAGUUUUGGGUCUUUUGUGAAAGAGGGAGAGGGAAAAGCCUGAUUAGGUUCUUCUGUCUAAUAGCUUGUGUCCAGUUAAAUGUAACAAACCAUUAAGCAAAUAUGUUUGGUAGUUUCUUGUCAAUUUGCUGCCAUGGCAUUUCUUUCAGCAUAUGUUUGGUAGUUUCUUGUCAAUUGGCUGCCAUGGCAUUUCUUUCAGCAUUGAAAUCUAUUUUAUUUUUGCCAUUGAUCUCAACUACAGAAGUAAAGAAACCAACAAAACUCUUUCUAAGAUAGGGCUCUCUUUUGAGAGACUGGACCUUGAGAAAGCUGCCAUUUUUUUUCACAUGAAACAUGACAUAUCUACCAUGAAAUACUAGGAAUAUGCAUAUUUCCCUACCAUUGGGCAUGCCUUUUGUCAGUACCAUGGGUGCAGAAAACUCACAGUGAAGGGAAUAUUGUAAGAAAGACUGUGAUACAGUUUCCAUUUUGUGCAGAGCAUUGGGAUCCUGGUUGGGUGUGUGUGCAGAGUGGCAGCAUGGGUGCAGAUAUACCAAGUACAUACGGGCAGACAGUAUAUUUUUUUACAGCAGUUUACAUGGGGUGGCAGCAAGAACCCUGUUAAAAAGUUACUGAAACCAGGCUAAGCCAAGCCCUCCUUCAAAACCUUAUGGACCUGCUGAAGUGAAUACUUGAGAAAUGCUGUGUAAAUGUGACCUCCGUCCAUUGGUGGGUAUUUCUUUCGUCCUGCUCAAGGGUAACAAACUCUGUUACUGAUAUUUUUUAGUUACUCUAAAUCUGGAAGGCGGUCAUUUAAUAAGUGCUUCGUUUUAAUUUGGUGCCUCAACACCAAACCAAUUCAAACCCUGUUAUCAUUUACACCUGUAUAAGUUCGCUGAAAGCUCACUGAAGAGCUGGAAUUACUGCAGCUCUUUAGUCAGGAGUAGCUGAGAUCAGACUCUACUCCCUGGAGUUUAUUUCCUUAAUGGAUGGUGCUCCUCACAACCGGGGCCAGUGGCGCUUUUGUUCUGAACUCCCGUCUGUGUAUUCUAUAUCUGUGGGAACAGAUUCAAGUUUGCACUGUAUAAUUGGUUGUAAUUCCAAACCCCUUUCCACAAGGGCUGCAGGGUUUGAAGAGAUGCUCAGCCCCAGAGCGGUAUCGGGCUCGCACUCUGCCCGGCUGCCCCUCUGGGAGCGCGGGUCAGCCGGGAGUCCUGCGAGGGUGCUGUGAGUGCUGGCUGUGUGUGCUGCUUGGCCGAGCCUCAGGAACUUCGCCUUCUUGGCAGCUGUAAAUGUGACCUUUUUUUCUGUUUAACUUCGCUCUCUGGUUACUGUAACAAAAGUGGCAGUUUUUUUCUUUUGAGAAAGUGUAGUCUGUUGAGCAGACUAGCAAGGACAGAGGCCUUAAACGAUACUGUCUGUUUUACUUUUUAAUUGAUUUCUUUUAUAAAUACUGUCUCACUUUGCUACCAGUCGUGGCUGGAGGGCAGGCAGUGCUCGCCAGUGUGAAAGGCUGUAUUUAUUCUUCAUCCUCAGCUUUGAAGGGAAGCAGAACGGUAGACAGUACAUUCUAAAUACAGAGUGCAAUGCAGGCAACUGCCAUUUAUAAUAAAUAAAGAAUGUUUUCUGUAUGUGUUUUCUUGAAGAGCACUAAUGGUAGUGCUUUGGGGUACUUGUGACAGAUUAAAGUGUCCAGCCCUUGGCUUUGCACUAUUUUUCUACCUAUGUUUUUAUGGCACUACUGUCAUUUUCCAUUUUAUUUAUGAACUUGAAGUUGCAAGUCUUACUUUAACAAAGCCUCAAGGACAAAUAUGUAGGAGCUGUACAGUCUCUUUAACCGUAACCAGCAUUGCAAUGUACCAAGAUCCUUUGCAUGUCAAAAUUUGAGCGUUUUUCAUGUUUUGUGAUCUUGCCCAUGACUGAUGCAUCCUUUGCUAGUCUGGUUUCUUUCCUUGUCCUCUCCCUCCUUCUGCUGGCCUGUUUUUGCUAAAAUGCCUAUUGGAAUGAGGGUGGAGGAUCUUUUUUUCAUUAAUACUGUUGUGUUAAUGAAACUGUCAGGUUCUCCCUCUGCUAAAGAAAGGCAGCUGAAGGCAGCUGUCUUGCACCAGUGCCUGGUGGGCAUACCAAAACUGGUAUAAAUUAAUCAUGCAGGAGCUAACACAGCCUGGCAGUCUCAGUGCCAGUCCAGACAUCUAAGAAAUCUAGAUGUAGAUUGGUAGCCCAGGCUUUUGCUGGAGGUCUUUACACAAAAACUGGAUAAGGAGAACACGAGCUAUAGGUGCCACUUCCUUUGGCUGUGUAGAUGCUACAAAUGGACCAAGAAAGACGCUCUAGACACCUUCAGAGCUUAAAAUGAAAGCUUUGCAACAAUGAUUUUUUUAAAAAGGCCGUGUCCAGUGCUCCAUGUAUCCUGGCUUUUCAAAUUGCAUGGGAAUACUUGAGCAUGUGCAUUAAGUAGACCCUGGCCUGGCCAAGUCAAGCAUUACCUGUGCUGGAGUGCUAGGAGCAGGAAAGCCCUGAUGCUUUGUUUUCCAGAAGGCAGCUAUUUUGCACCAACUGGCUAUGCUCACAGAGUUUCCAGGGAAACAUUUUAGCAGGAAUCUUUUUACAGUGUUGGCUUUUGCUUUUGUGUUGCUUUGGUUUGUUUUUUAAUUUUGUAAGAAACAUUAAAGUCACUUUAUAAAAGAUUUAUUGAAAGCAUGACAAACAGUACUAGUAAUAUUUAGGGAGAACGAAAAAAGACAGGACUCUGACUACAUCUGACUCUUCUUAAUCAAGGUAUCUGUAAAUCCACUCUCCUGAGCUCCCUCUGUGUGAUGUAGUUGGUGCACAUCACCAGCUACCAGGCUUCACUGCUCCUCCCAUCUCUCUUCUUGCCCUUGUGGCAGGUGGCUGGUGUGGGGGCAGCAGCCAGGGAAGAGCCCAGGGCUGUGGCAGUGCGGGUACUACACAGGAACAAUUGCCCACCCUGGACUCAUCACCGGUUUGUUCUUGGACCUUUAACCACUGAGAGACACCUUGGGGGUUUUGGGCCUUUAAUGUUACAUUGAGAGCAUUCACAGAUGUCUCUUGGAGAACAGAAGUGGAAAGUACUCCAUUCCUUCUGAACCAGGAGCAUUCAGACCUUAUGACAAAUGUCUCUAGGUAUUUAAAGGUCAGUUCCUAAACUUAAGAGACCAGUGCUGGAAAUCUGGAUUUGUACUGCAUCUGGCCACAAAUCUCCAUGGACACAUACCACAUCAUUUCCCAUCAGUCACUGGAUCUGUGUCAAAUACAGCUGAAGAUCCCAUUCAGAAUUCCAUGUCCUUGUGUUAAAAUGAGCAUGAUGAUACUUGCUCCCAAAUCCAUCUCUUAAUAAAAAGAAGAUACUUGUCAUGCUACAGCAUAAGUGCAUCUCUGCAGUAUUUAUUUCAGAGCUAUAGUGGGUGCUCAGUGCUGCCCUUCAGUAAGUGAUGGUUUAUUUUUGGUGCAUGGGGUUGCUCACCCCAAAGAAGGGCACAAGGGGUAACAAUAAUGAAUGUUUCUCAGUGCUUUAAUAAUGCCAAAUGCUACGUCUUGUUGUCUGUCCAGUAACACAGCAUGAAGUCCAAAGAUAUGUUUAAAAUGUGCCGAAAGUUUACUUGAAUGAACUAAGAGAAACUGGAUAUUGCCUCUAUAUUUGCAUGAGGAAAUAAGUACAAGUGGGCAGGUACAACUGCAUUUCCACAACUUUUGGCCACUCCAUUUUUUGGUACCACAAUGGGUGGUUGUGUCUGCUGCUUUAAAAAUUUGAAAUCUGUUUUGCACUGUAAUCUCCUUCUCCCAGUCAUUCUUUCUCAUAAUUCCUUUUAUGAUCUUAUUUUCCUUCCUGUAUUUCAGGCCAAAGAGUCUUAGAGCAAACCUAGUAGAUUUCUUUGUAUGAGGAUAAAAAUCUUCCAGCCAUUUUCUCCCAGGUUUUAAAAAGAUAUUUGAUGCUGAAUUACCUGACCAAAGUUAGAAAUUCCAGACUUGGCUUGUUUAGAAAAACUUAUUGAGAGUUAAGAAGUUCUCAUGUAACACCUAAAUAAUGGCUGCUUUGUUAGAACUCAUAGAUAAGGGAGUCAAGCAGCUUUUGAGCUUCACAAAAGAGAUACUUCUAUUGUUAAGCAGACUUCUUUGGAAAUGUUCUGGGGGAAAAAACCCAAACCCCCUACAUCCUGUAGACAUAUUUUUAUUGUAUCAAUCAAAAAUACUUCUCUUGUAUAGAUUCAUAAUUUAAGGAUUCAAACUCUCUGGAGGCUUUCUAGGGUAUACUUACCCAGGAAGAUAAUCUUAUAAAUAGGCUGAGGCAGUUGAACAGUGUGCUAGUUGUAAAACAGUUGUCAGACAUCUCUCACACAUGAGUGUGUAGGAUGAGAUCAUAAUUUACAUGGCUCGAAAUAAAGAUGUGAAAAUUUACCUUUCCUGGAACAGCAAGAGUUGGUUCUUCUGAAGCCUUCUGGAAGGUUAACUUAACUGCUAAGGCUCUGGAGAACUUCAGUCUCAUUUUAAUUUGUACUCUAGUUAGCAAAGUAAUGAAGUGAGAGCUGAAUGAUGUUGCUGAACAGGAAGCCCAAAGGUCUGUCUUGUGUCAUGACACUCAAGUUUCUCAUAACCAAUGUGGUCUUAUAAUUUAUUAUUAUAAUGUAUCCAAUGCAAAUAUAAUUUAUAAUUAGUAAUUAUAAAAUACUAAGGAUGAAGUAUCAUUGCCUUUAUCAUAUAAUAUUUAUUUUAAUUGCACUCCUACUGGAAGACUUUUCUCUUCUGCUUCCCGUAGAGGUCAUGGUGCACCUGCUAAGUAAAUUUGUGUGAUAUGGUUCAGUCCACAGUAAAUGUUUCCUACUAUUUUGUAGUUAUACAGAGGUUUUUUUAUGAUCCCUCAAGUUAGUUCUUUGAAUCAAGUAAAUCUCUAUUGUUAGGAAAGGUAAAUUUCCUAGCAAUGAAUUUUAUUGACCAUCACAAUCUGAGCUAUAAAAGACUAUACUGAUUGACAAGGUCCACCAGCUCUUUUGAGGACACAACCUUAUUCUUCUCCCUUCUUCCCAAGAAACCUUAUCUUUUCUUGGAUGAAAAUUAAGGAUGUCAGUAAUUUGCUUAUGCCUUCUGGAUGUCCAGACAGAAGCUGCAGCUUCUGGUGGUGACAUGCCAGGAGAUCCCAGACAGAUUGAAUGUGUGAUGCUGCAGCAUGUGUGCAGUGAGUUGCUUAAAUUUCAACAAGGUGCCUGAGCUUUUUGGCUUCCUGGGGCCCAUGCAGGAUGUGGUGGAUGUCGUGCACAAGGGACUUGGCCAGGUGAGGCUUCCAGUGUCACCAGCUCUAUGGCAUGUGUUAUCCUGGGCUGUAUCACCUUGUUUGAGUGUAUCCCAGAUCUUCAUCAGGGGCCCUGUCUCAAGCUUGCCCUUUUCCAUAGCUACCUGCCCACUUCCAAAACACCCCAGAACCCAGAGAAAAUGUGUUCAUUUUCCAAGUCUCUCACUGCUGGCCUGGUCCAGUUUCACAGAAGCUUCAGUUCACAUGAGCUAUUUGGAGCUCAGCUGGUCUGAUCAUUGACUUUUCCCUAGUGAUGAAGAGAAGCAGAACUAUUCCAUAUGCUGGUAUUGGUGUCACAGGAUGCCAUCACCAAGAGUUGCUGUGUGAGAGCUCUUGUGUCUGCCUCAGCAUUGCUUAAUUCUGAAAAAAGCCUGUGUUUUAAAUGUGUGUACAUGGAGGUGUCAAAGUGUGACACCAGGUGUGUUUGUGUGCAUGGUGUGAACCAGCAGUGGCCACAGACCCCUGUCCUGCCCCUCGCAGAUUUUACAUUCUGUUUAUCAGGUUUUUUGGGUUUUUUCUUUUCCUCUGGGUAGCACACUUUCUUCACCACUUUUCUUCUGGUGAAGGGCGAAAGGGUUUGAUCUUUGUAAGAUUUGUUAAAAUAUUUUUGUGUUUAUAAGAAGAAAGCUGCCGUAUAAAGAAAUAAGUGCUUUUGUAAAAUUUUUUUUUUGUGGUAUGAUUCAGCAUUUAAAUGUUUUACAGAUGCAAUUUUUUGCACUCUCUCUGCAUAUAUUCAUAAAAAUUAUAUUUAUUUUCUGUCUUUAAGGUUUACUUUGGUUUUUUUUUUCUUCUGAUGUUAUAAAAUGCAAUAUGUGCAACAUUAAAAAAAUCAGUGUAAAGACAUUAUCUCAUUUUGUUGUAAUCUUCAACUGCCUUUAAAAAGAUAACAUAGAAAAUUUAUGGAAAUAAUUUCAAUACAUCAGAGAUGCUUAAUGGAAAUUUUGAGGAUAAAAGAAGGUGAAAAAGCUUGAA